AUGGAAAUUUUCUGGGCUUCUACGAGCUACGCAGGACGAAAGCUCUGGGGCGCAUUCAAGGACGAAUUCGACGAAUGGACCGCCCAACGAUGGGACAUGGUUCCCGACCGUACCCGAAAGCACCUCCGCGCCUUCCUGAGCACCAACGGCGUGUAUGUCGACAAUACCAACACCCCCCUACCAGCAAAGUUCGAAGCCAUCGCCAAGAGAACGACUUUCCGCACCUGGUCCAUCGAAGAGAUCAACACUGCGAGGGUCCACAGUACGAUGCACCAGGAGUUACUGGAAAACCCCAAGUUCAUCCAAAGCAUCCAGGAUCUCUCCCAAUUGACGCCAACGACCCCGACAGCCCCAGCAACCGCCUCACCGGUCCUAGCGACCAUCCCGACACAACCACAGGCCUCUCAGCAAAUCCCACAAGCAAUCCCGGCGCCACGACAACAAAACCCCAUUCCCCAGACGGCACCGAAACGGGAAGCAGAUUGGGAAACAACCUCGGAAACUAGACAAGACCCCCAGACCUGGCCCCGCCCGUCCGAGGAACCGUACUACGCACCGCGAGGAAAUGCUAAACACCUCGCAGAUUUAGCCAAGUUGUACAGCGACGACAUGAAGUACGGCGGCGGAGACUACGACAUUCUCGACACAAAAAUGGCGAUUUUCCGAGAUUUGUGUAAUCGAAUCCAAAUUCCAAGAUGGCAAGCCAGUGACGCUUUUCCGAUCAUGCUCAAGGACCGAGCCUUACGAUACUAUUACGACUGGCUUUGCAGCGGCCCCCGGGACUUCGAUACCAUGGUAGCCAAGAUCAGAGGAUACUUCGAGAACGAAGAGCAGCGGCACCGGUAUCUGGCAGCAUGGCGCGACGCUAGAUUAAUCAACAUGCAGGCCGAGCACCCCGACAAGUCCAAAUCCGAGUGCCUGGAACUUCUGAUCAACAGGCUUGCCCUGAUUCAACGCGCAGUACCGGCAAUUGGCCAGACAGAGGAUACACUGCGCAUGCAACUCUUGAACGCAUGCCGUGGUGUUGCCGAGGCCAGGAUGGCCCUCUUCAACCCGGCGCCAACCUUCGAAGGCGUCCGCAACCAGCUGCAAGCGGCGAUUGGAAUCACCACCGAAAAUCCCGGACCUCAACAGUUCAACACCGACGCCACUGACUCGGAGACGUUCUGGACGGACAGGACGUACAGAGGAUCCGGCAGAGAAUCUAGAUUUGGUCGCAACCAAGGAGGACCACGCCGAGGAGGAUUCAGCAACUCCAAAUUCAGUCGACCCCCCACCGAGAGGAAGUGCUUCGUGUGCGGCAAACCCGGCUGCUGGUCAACAACUCACCCAAUCGAAGACAGGAAGAAGUCCUACGAAAGGUUCAAGGCUGACAAGGACGCACGCGACGGGUCAAUAGCAGCCUUUGCCCAGUUUAUCUACUGGCAUGAGGGAUCUGAACUCGAAGCCGAUUACGAAGAUAACCCCGUCAGCCAAUUCUUCCAUAAAUACGACGAUCACGACGACGAUACUAUCGACAACAGAGGAAAAUUCCACAGCACCUUCUUCAACGAUUCCGCACCUGCAGAUGCGAUUCAGGUUACGACACUCCUGGCAAACGCGGCCACCCACCACUUCCUAACGAAGGAAGACCCCUUUCAAGAGCAGGACCCCUCGGAGACUUACACCGCCGAGGGCCGGUAUUCUGCAACAACUUUCAGGGGUAUCAUGCCCGACUCCGGAGCCGCACAAUUCUCAACAGCCGGCCAACCGCAAUUCCAGGCCCUGCAACGUCAACUCCCUUCAGCUACCCUGGACACAACAAGGGCCGGAGAAGCCAUCGUCAAAUUCGGCUAUGGGACACCUAAGGCCUCCCUGGGAACAACAACAGUGCCCACACCCCUGGGAACGAUCGAUUUCCACGUGAUGGAAACGGAGACCCCUUUCCUACUUUGCCUCAGGGAUAUGGACAGACUCGGCAUCAAGUUCGACAACUUGAGGAACCUCCUACAACGAGGAGACGUCGAGGUUCCCGUUACACGGAAAUGGGGACAUCCCUGGCUUCAACUAACCCAGGAGGAAGCUCUGGUGUGCAGUUAUCUCACCGACGGUGAACUGCGGCGACUACAUCGACGAUUCGGACACCCCUCUGUUGCGCGCCUUUACAAGCUCCUCAAGACUGCAGGACACCCAGUGGAGAUCCAAGCCCUGGAGCUCAUCGCCAAAGUGUGCCACCACUGCCAAAUGCACUCCGCACGCCCAGCUCGCUUCAAAUUCACCCUUCACGAUGAUUGCGAGUUCAACUACGAGGUCAUCAUGGAUAUCUUCUACGUGGAGGGCAACAAACCAGUUCUACACCUCGUCGACGCGGCCACAGCUUUCAACGCCGCGCGUUUCCUUCCAGACGUAUCAACAAAGUACGUGUGGGAAGCAUUGCGCCUUUGCUGGAUUGACGUGUACCAAGGACCCCCUGACUACGUCGUUACCGAUGCAGGGAAGCAAUUCGCUUCCACAGAGUUCCGCCAGAACGCCAAGGAGAUGGCGAUUACCGUCAAGGAAGUCCCGAUCGAAGCCCAUAACAGCAUCGGCAAGGUAGAACGGUACCAUGCACCUGUACGACGUGCGUACGAAAUCCUACGCAAAGAGGACCCCUCUGCAAGCCCAGAACUGUCUCUGCAAAUGGCUGUCAAGGCUGUGAACGACACUGCAGGUCCCAACGGACUUGUGCCAACUCUGUUGGUAUUUGGCGCCUACCCAAGGAUGACACACAACUCUGCGCCAUCGCCAACGCUACAACAACGCGCCCAGGCGAUCAAGAAAGCCACAGACGCCGUCCGCAGGCUCCAUGCUGAACGCAAGGUCCAGGAGGCCCGCACCACACGCAAUGGUCCGGACACCUUACGCACCACGACCCUUCCACUGCAGUCACGUGUGAGAGUGUGGCGCGAGAAAAGCCGCCGAUGGGAAGGACCUUUCACAUUAAUCGGUGUCCACGACGAAGACUGCAUCGUGGAAACAAGCCGCGGCGCACAGAAGUUCCGCUCUACGGUGGUCAAGCCGUACUACGAGGACCCUGCUCAACAGGACGACCCUGCGAACCAGAAAGACACCGCAGAGAAACCAGCACCUGAAGUUCCGGACUCUCAACCAAGGAGCACGACCCCUCCUGGAAACGCCAUCGAAGAAGAGCCAAUCCUCGAUUCGAUAAUUGUGGCCACUCAUGCGCCCUUCCCUGGGGACGAAGACGAACUCCCAGACGACGGACCGCACAGGAACACUCGACCACGCAGAACCCACUUCGCCCACGCAUUCCUCCGGGAGAGCGAUGUUCGAGAGGACGAAAUCUUCGAGAUUUUCUUGUCAACGAAGGAACAAGCAGACGCCGCACUCGCAGUCCAGUUGCGCGCCGAUGGCAAGGUCACUACACCCGGGGAACCUUUUGAGGAGUCUUCUAAACAAGAGAUCGAGAGCCUUAUUACCCGAGGCGUCUUCGAAUUUGUCAAAUACGACGAGGACUUACACGGCGACGCAGAGAUCUUUAAGUCAAGGAUCGUAAACGAAAUUAAGGGCAAGACAACGGACAAGCCCUAUGAGAAAUCGAGGCUUGUGGUCCAAGGCUUCGGAGACGCAGGAAAGGAAGCCAUCCUCACGCAGUCGCCAACAAUCCAACGCGCAAGCCAACGCCUGAUCCUCGCCAUCGCGCCGUCACUUCAGAGACAGGGUUGUCUCCUUUGGCUGCGCGAUAUUACGCAAGCCUACGUGCAGUCGGAAAAGGCACUCCAGCGCAAGAUUUUGGCAUUUUUGCCCCAACAGAUCAGGCACUUAUACCCCGAGGGAACCGUGAUGCGCGUGAUCAAGCCGUUGUACGGGCUGGCAGAGGCAGGAACCUAUUGGUGGGUCACAUACCACAACCACCAUUUGAAGAGGCUCCAGAUGGCAACCUCUACGUACGACCCCUGCCUGUUGAUCUCCUCCCCCGAGAACCCGGAAUUUGCCUGCGUGGGGAUGCAAACAGACGAUACUCUGGCCCAGAAGCUGCAAUUGAUCGACGCCAACGCGCCAGACGCCAAACAACACGCAGCCCAACACCAAGAACCGACCCCUGACGAUAUCAAGACUCUUAACCGAAGGAUCCAGUGGCAGAUGGACUCACAGGACAGGGGACUCACGUUCUUACCCCUGAACCUGGAGACUGCAAGACUGUACGUCUUCGUUGACGGCUCUUUUGCCAACAACAGAGAUUUCACCUCCCAGCUCGGGUUUGCGAUCAUCCUGGCCAACGAAGACGAGAUCAACGAUCGCCACGAGUUCUCCAUUACAGGGAACCUCAUCCACUUCAGCAGCACCAAGAGUAAGAGGGUUACCCGCAGCGUCCUAGCUUCCGAGGUUUACGGAAUGGUGGCCGGCGUGGAUAUGGCUUACGCCCUGGCUUCAACAUUACGCCAGAUCACUGCCCACCUGAACCUUCCUGCCAUCCCAACCAUCGUCUGUACAGAUUCUUACUCACUGUACGAAUGUCUUGUGAAACUCGGGACUACGAAGGAAAAGCGGUUGAUGAUCGAUAUCAUGGCACUGCGCCAGUCCUACGAGCGCAGAGAACUCCAGGAAGUGAGGUGGAUCAAUGGAGAGGACAAUCUGGCGGACUCCUUCACAAAAACAACGCCGAAUCGUGCCCUGGAGCGGUUUGUUGACUGCAAUAGUGCAACUCUUGUAGUCGAAGCGAGGGCACUCGAGGUCGAGGACGAAGACGGCUCGGAGAAAGAUGAGGACGACGAAGGCGACCCAGAGGCAGACGAGGUGGACGAGGACGGUUUCACGGUGCCCUCGCAGGCUGCUACCGAUGACUCGGUGGAUGGUUCAGCGGUUGAAGAUGAGUCCGGUGCAGACGAAGGGGUUUCAAUGGUUUCUUGGGAUGCUGUUGAUGUUGACGGGGACUCUGAAGGGCUGGCGAGCGUUGUUGACGAUGGUAGGCACGACCAGAUGGUAACAUCCGAGUCCGUCGCCAGAACUGAUGGGCCAGCGACAAGAAGUGUGGCUACCAAGAGCAGAACGCGUUGGAGAAACUUCAUGGUUGUAAAUGGGUAG